CCUUCUAUGUGAUUCAACAUGUCCGAAACUUCUUCCCAAACGCUCCAUGCCGCCGUCGCAAAGAUCGACGAGGCCACCCGCGGCCCAAACCCCAAAAUACCUGGAAUCGUCUGCAUCGCUGUGGAUCAGAAUGGCGACUCUAUACUAUCGCACGCAUCAGGCCUCACAAGCCUCAUUGACCAACCUCCAAUGACACUCGAUACUGUCCUAUGGCUCGCCUCAUGUACAAAGCUCCUCACUGGGAUUGCCUGUAUGCAAUUAGUAGAACAAGGCCGACUUGCCCUCGACGAUGCCACACAGCUGGAUAGACUGGCGCCGGAACUGAAGGAGCGG